AAUCGGCUUAAGUAAAAAGCGGCAUAAAUGGGUGGGAGGCCUCACAUUGUCGAAUUCAUCGAGAAAGAUGCAAUAAACGAGAUUUAUGAAAUUUCAAAUCGGUAAAUUGUGUGAUUACUCCUACCAAUAACAGUCUGUGUGAUAAACUUUAGCAAUUAAGCGAAUUGUGAAGAAUUUUUCGUGACUAUUGUGGUUCGCAUAAUAAUUGAAAACGUGAAUGGUUUUAAUAAGAUUUUGAAUUUCUUCAACAGUUUAAAUUUGACUACAGUGCGCAGAAGAAUUGACAAAAAUGGUGAUGGUUUAUGGUUUGUUGUAGUUGCCUUGUGUUUUUAAAAUUAAGUAUUUCGUAUAAAAUGAUAAGAUGGUUGAUAGAAACGAAAAAUUUUUAAGUGAACUAUUAAAAUACCCGGGAAAUAGUGUUUGUGUGGAUUGUGAAGCUAAAAAUCCAGAAUGGGCUUCAUACAACAUAGGAAUUUUUGUUUGUACCCGAUGUUCUGGGGUACAUCGAAGUAUGGGUGUUCACAUAAGUAAAGUUAAACACCUAAAAUUAGACAGAUGGGAAGAUUCCCAAGUUGAGCGUAUGACAGAGGUAGGCAAUACAAAAGCUAAAUUGAAGUAUGAAGAAAGGGUGCCACCUUGUUAUAGGAGACCAAAAGAAAAUGAUCCUCAAAGUUUGAUUGAACAGUGGAUAAAAGCUAAAUAUGACAGAGAAGAAUUUUGUUACCCGGAGAGGCAGAUUUAUACCAGUGGUAAUAUGCAAGGUUUUCUAAUGAAACGCGGAAAAGAAGAUAGCAAAUAUCAACCAAGGAAAUUUGUGUUGUGUGAGGCUGACGAUACGCUCAAAUAUUUUGUAAGGGAAAACAAGGAGCCGAAAGCAGUACUGCGAAUAUCUGAAUUAAAUGUUGUGUUUGCACCAGAAAAGAUAGGGUAUCCAAACUCUUUGCAGCUCACUUUCUUAAAAGACGGAACCACACGCCACAUUUACGUAUACCACGAAGAAUCAGAAAUAAUAGUAAAUUGGUACAUGGCGAUUCGAUGCGCCAAACUUCACAGACUUCAAGUGGCAUAUCCUUCAGCUAGCGAAUGCGAUUUAGUCAAUUAUUUGACAGAGGAUUUUGCCAAAGAGGGUUGGUUAUGGAAGACGGGUCCAAGAACCUCUGACGGAUUCAAAAAAAGAUGGUUUACAUUGGAUAAUAGGAAGUUGAUGUAUCACGACGAACCGUUAGAUGCUUAUCCGAAAGGAGAAAUAUUUUUAGGUCACACGCUGGAUGGUUACAGUAUAAGAAUAGGAGUUUCACAGGGAGUCAAAGAUCAAGGAUUCUCCUUUUCUCUUACGACACCUGACAGAAUUUAUAAUUUAUCUGCACAAAGUGAACAUGAUCGAGACCAUUGGAUUGAGGUGAUACAAAGAGUUUUGAACAGACCUCUAACACCACAAGAUUCCGCAAUUUCUGGACGGCUGAUACGUAAACGAGCCAAUACAAAUUCAAUCAACAUAUUUUCCCAAAGGUAGUUGAGACUUGUAUAUAAACAAGUAAUGUUUCUAUCGACCUAGUCUUGUAUUAAUAAUUAUCAUUAUAAUAAGCCUAUAUCACAUGAUUACUCACUUAAAUACUCAAAUUUACUGGUAAUUGUUGUUUCACUCAACAAUUAUUAUUAAUAUCCAUAUAAAUUAAAUUUUUCGUGAGGGAUCAUCGUUGAAAAUCAAAUGGUUUUGUUAUUUUUUUCAAAAACGGAUCAUUAAAUAAUGUGACAUGUCAGUAGAGUCUACCAAGCCUCAAAAUAGCCAGCAGGCGUAUUUCUGGUUAAACAAGUAUUUACAAAUGAAACGCAUUUUUUGUUUUUCAUAAAAUUUUCCACCAAGAUUAAUAAUACACUUUUCCGUGUGUUGGAAUCAAUUAUAGAAAUACUUCCCCUACUCUUAUCUGAAAAAAGAGGUUUCUUCUUGUGUCGAUCAUCAUUGACCACUAAACAAAAAGAAGUCAGAGGGUACCAAAUAUUUGUGGGAGAACAUCUCUAUUAGUUUAACAUGAUCUGUAAUGCCACAGGCAACAAUUUGCAUCGAAGUGCUUCUGUUCGACUCGAAAUAAAUAAUUCGUCAUCUAUGAAGAUGUUUCAUAAUUUUUGAUGCACAUUUAAGAGUUUUUUUCUUCAUUUCUUUUGAGUAACGGUCAGAUUCUUUACUAAUACCCACUCAUUAUAACCUUUAAUCCUUAUCCAAAUACUGUAUAAUGAACUGCACUUUUAAAUUCACCACAAACAACCCUAAAUCUCACUUACAUGACAAAGUGUUCAGAUUAGAUGUAUCCCAAAGGAUCUAUUGUGUCCCCUUCUCUUACUGGAGCACUGGGUAUGUUCAGUGUUUAUGGUUGAUCUAUUAAUUCCACUCUUUUUAGAAAGUUUAGAAUGUGGGAUAGCCACUGCCAAAUUUGAUAUUUGAGAGAUUAGUAUGACCAAAACCAUGCCCGGAUUGGUACAGAUUGGUACUGGAAGGCUAAUUUUGUUACAAUUUUUUUGAUGAAAAUCUGUUGCCUAAUGUGUAGUUUUUGUUCCCAUUGGGUUAUAUUCUGAAUUUUUGUCACAGUUUCAAAUCUAUUGUUCCACAUCUGACGCAUUGUUUAUUAUUAUUAUAUUCACUAUUACACUGACUGGUCCUUCGAUCCGGAAUUAACGACCUGUGAAAGGCUCGAAGGACCAGAUAAUGUAAUUGUGAAUGUUAUUGUAGUAACAGUCUGAAUAUCUAGAAAUUUCAAUUUAAGAUUUGAUAUAAACCCUUUUACUAUAAUUUUAUCCACAAUAUUUGAUCCCCGAUCAAUAUUUUUGGAAAGAGAAAAAAGUGAUGUAUACUUCAUUCUAUAUUUAAAAAAAUUAUAAAUAAUUUUAAACUUUAUUAAAUCCAUUAUUGAUGUUGAUAUCAGUAUUUUUAACAAAAAAUCAUGUGAAAUUUAUAGUACCAUAAAGUAUAGUGUUUGAGCCAUUAUUUUUUCUCAAUAUACAUUUUAUUUAAUAUAUUUACACAUUUUGGAGUGCUAUUAACGUUUACCUCACUCUAUUGAUCAAUAUUUGAGGUUUUAACUUAGAAUUAUACAUAAUAAACUUAAAACUUCAUUUUGGUUUUGCAAAAAUUGUCUCAAUAACUUCUUGAGACAAUGGUCAAAUGUCACUAAAAUCUUGCAAAUAUCUCGUUUCCUUUGGCUCUAAUACUGUUUAAAUUUAUGGGAAUUAAUUUAGAGAAUGAAUUUUUUUUAUAAAUCAAAGCGUUUUUGAUAUAAAGAACAAAGAAGGCGCAGCUUUUAGCUAUUAAAAAUAUUCUCAAUUUUCCAAAUAGUAUUAAAGUUAUGUGAAUGACAAAUUUUUGUGACUGAGGUAAUUUUUAUAAUUCCAAAUUAAAGGUCUAUAAAAAUUUUGACCUUUACGACUGGACUACUUUUCCAUAAUUGAUUUAAACUUUCCGUUUUUGGAAUAUAUUUAAAAAUAAGCUAAAUAAACACUUUUUCAUAUUUUUUUGUGAGAUAUUCAAGAUAUUUGUUUUUUAUGACUAAAAAAUAUCUGAUUUUUGUUUAUUUUCACGAAUAUUAAAUGGAAAUUUUGAAAAUUUACUUACAUUAGGUAGCGUUUGUUUAUUUGACUUUGAAAUAAUGAGUAUUAUACAGUUUCCGUGAAUCAAGUUGUGCGAAAUAAAAAAUUUUUCUUAUUUACAUUUGGAUUAGAAUUCAUUAAAGAUUUUAUACGAAAUCAAAAAUCUGUUUGGUUUCACAUUUAUAUUUAACCCUUUUCUAUUUUUUCAUUAAAAAUAAAAGUUAAAAUAAAAUCGAAACUACAAACUUGCAACUUGUUGAUAAAAAAAAUGUAUUAACAGCUUUAAAACGUUCUUGUUUUCUUGAGAUGACUAUGUAUAAUGUAAUCUGUUAUCUUAUCUAGUUAUAAGACUCUUUUGGCUUGAUAAGUCAAAAACCUUUUUAUUUUGUAAUAUUUAUAACCAUAUUCCUAUCUUCUUUGAUGAACCGAUCUAAUAGAUCGGUUCAUCAGUUAAAAAUGGACGUGUAUAUUUUUCUACAGCAUGUUUUUGUUGAUGGGAGUGUAUUUUUAAUAUGAGCUAUUAGUAGCACAAAUUUAUGUAUUAUUUCAAUCUGAUCUUGAAGAAAUCUUUUUCAUAAUAAACAAUAUGGAACAACCAAAAGGUUGUAUCGAUAACCCACAAUGAAAGUUUUCGGUUACUUCACCCAUACACACAUCAAAUCAGCUCCUAAUCUUAUGGUAUUUAAAAAUCUACUGCUUUUUGUAACUAAUAUUAAUUUCUCAUAUUCCUGUCUUAGUUUUAAAUAAAGUAUCCAACGGUAUCAACUCCCUAUGUCUAUGGAAUACCCCAAUACACUUGAUUUUGACCAAUAACUUUUCAGCCACUAAUAAUGUAUAAUUUUCAUCAAAAAUAAAACAUUAGUGAUCGAAAGCUUGGAAUAUAUGAGGAGAUACGAGGUGUAAUCAAUUUUUGCAGUCAAUAAAAUUUUUAUUAACCCCCUUCAAAGUACUACCCUUGGUUAGCUAUGAUUCCAUGGCUAAAAGACUUCUUACAGAAUAUCAGCUCUAUUGUAGGCUUCCCAAUAUCAGAAAUGUUCCACUUUUUUAUUUUCGGUGUUAGAAGUCACAUGUUGCUAAAUCUGAUCCAUUGAAUGGACUUUGGCAGUUUUUUUUUCAACUAACAAUAAGCAAUAAACCAUUCAUUCGAUCCAGCAUCGGACUCAACGUUUUCAGAUCUGCACCCCUACAUAGAGCAAAGGUGAUAACUGCGAGAUUUAUUAAUUUUUUUAUUCAUUGUAGCUUGAAUGUCAUUUACGUUAACAAAAGUAUUGACCCUUUGGUACUCCAUGGAGUAUUAGGUACUCUUAAGCAAUAUAUUGUAAUUUACCACUUGCACAGAGUACAACCUAUAAGAGAUCCAUUCUUCAAAGCAAGAUUUGUAUCACUGAACUUCUAGAAUUUUAGUUUAUACUUCAUGGGAGAUGCAGUCAUAUGCUCAAGAUGAAUCACAUAAUGUAGAGCCCGCAUGGCAACUACCAGUCACAUACUCCAGAAGACCCACCAUGGCUAAAACUUUACGAAUACCAAAUUGCAAAGUUUUCUUUUAAUAGCAACUCUAAGAUCUUUGGAUCGGAAAUGAGAAUAUAAAUUAGUUAAUUUUUUUUUCGAGUUACCUAGGAAUUCUACUGAAAAAUGCUCCUUUCAGACCCAUAUGUUACUAUUUCUUUUUUUUGUUGAAAAUAAAGCCAGGAAAUAAACAAAAUUUGUUUAUUGUAAUGAUAAUUUUAUUUAAAAUAAACUAACCCAACUAGUUUAUCUCAAAAUUAUUUGUUUAAACUAAUUUGAUUCCCAAAAGACCAAUCGCAAAAAACUGAAGCCAACCAAUUUUUGUAAAAAUAUUUUUUUAAAACUACUUUGUUGCCUAAAGACCAAUAAGCAACUUGAAACCCCAUUUCCAUAUUAAAAAAGGUCCUUUUGCUCACGCGAAUCAUUUUUUUUUUUCAAAAUUCAUUUCGAUACAAUGAAACAAAUUAUAUUAAUGUUUAUAAUAAAGUCGUAAUUGCAUGUAUUGUCGCUAGUAUUAGUUUUUAUUUAUUUUGUAUUCAAAUAUGGCGUUAUAGAAGCGCACCAUUAAUCAAAUCGAAAGAUCAUACAUAUUCUUCAAGGUGGCUUAUAUUUAAAAUGCAUACAAGAUGGUCCAGAAUUAAAUACAUCAACUACUUAAACUAGGAUACUAUUUUUUAUAACCUUAUUGUGUCAAAUAUCUUCAGAACUGUAUUGAUUACAGGGUUUAUAAGACGUUUGGAUAAAUAAUUCUAUAUUACCAACUCACACUGUAUAAAUAGUACUGGGUGGUAUGUUUCAAACAUUGUUUUAUCUAUAGAAAAGUUUUCAAUUAUUCAAACUCGAAAAUUAACAUAUAUUUUACAUCAAAUAAUUUCCUAUUUAGAGUUAGGCAACAUGGCACGAAUGUAACCCAGACAGAGAUACAACCUCUUGGAACCAACGUCAUAGUUAAGCGAUUCCAAGUGUCCCUUAGACACUUGAAGUUCCAUUAAGGGGUUAAUACGCAUAAUUAAAUAUUGUUUUCUCUCGUUUUAACCUUUUAAAGAGGAAGGUAGCUUUUAUCGUAAUUUACCACCUUUCAAUAAAAAAAAUUGAAAAAUAAAAACAAAAUGGCGGCCGUUGUAAAAGUUGUAAAACCAAAGUUAUUUAUUUUCAUUUUUUCACAAUUUUUUAGUAAAUUACAGUAAAAUACAAAAAAUCAAAUAAAAUAAUUUAAAAAAUCUGUCGAUUGUAGAGCACUGAAAACGCGUGCGCACUCGAACUAUUAUAAUCUUCUCAUUAUUUCGAAUUUCACUAUGAAAGGAUUCGAAAAAUGUAAAAAAAUAAAUUUUUUGAAAAUUAUAACCGGUACUGGUUCCUUAACGUAUCAAAUAAAUUACUUUUAUAUUGAUGUAACUCUAACCACCAUAAAUAUAAUUAUUUAUAGCUUUUAUGUACAAUAGAAUUUUAGUAUUUAAGGCGGCUUGUACACCAGAUACGAGGUUUUUAAUAGUUUGAUAUUCGUCGAAUUGUUUUUUACAAAGUUGUUUUAUAUGGUCAACUAUCAUUGGUUAGCAGGAAGAUACAUUUCAGUGACAUAAAAUUAAUCAUCCUAACGUCUUAUGAACAUCCCAAAAAAUAAACAACAGAAAACAAAACUUUUUGUCGGUUAUUUAAAAAAAUACCCCCAAACAUACCUCCCUUAUUAUUCGAUUUGAAAAAAAAUAUGUAAUUCUAGACCACCUUGUAUAAAUAAAUAUUUUUAAAAUAUUUAUUUCGGAAUUGUAUAAACUUACCACAAACGAUUCUGAAAUCAAUUACAAAUAUAUAUAAAACGUAUUUAUAGUUUUUCAUAUUUGCUCAGCAAUAAAUUUUUUUUAAAAA